UUUCUAUAAAUGCUGUCGAUUUUGGAUUGAAAGAACGAGAGGAAAGAAUUGUACUGUGGGGUUGUGAAGGAUGGGGUGGUGUUGUCACAGGGUUUAAGGAGUGUGCUGAUGGUGGAGAACAUAGCCUUGGAGUUGCUGGAGCCGGAGUGUAUCAGUUGUGAGUAGUGCUUGGACCGGGCUGCUUUGAGUGCGUUAUUGUACUGUUGUAGGUAGUCGGUGUAGGCAUGGAGAUUAACUGUUAACUGAGUGGCUUUCUUGUGAAGGCGUUCCAGUUGGCGUUUUUGUGAUUUUAUUUGGCGGAGUUCGGGGUGUAUCAGGGAGUUGAAUGCAUAGAAUGAAUAGAAUACAGUUGCACAGUUGUGUGCGAUUAGGAGUGUAUUUAAAAAAACUUUGAUUUGAAUGAUUUAGGAAUAUCAGAGCUGUCACAUCCAAUAAAGUUAACACAUAAGAUAGGAUUCUUUAUUGUUAAUGCAUAUUAAAUUUCAUGUUGACAUUUAUUUUGUCAGCAAUCAUCUUCAUUUAGCAGCAGCAUAUAAAAGUAUUCUUAAUGGAAAGCAACACGUAUAGCAAUAUCAUAGUAUAUAGAAAAUAGAGCAAACACAUGGCAGUUAAGGCACAUUCAACAGAAUAGUCUUUAGCAAUGUCGUUACUUGUGCAGGUUUCAUCUGUAUGUACUGUUUGAUAGAAGCCGAAUAACUUCACACAAAUGUCACUUGUAUAAUCCUGACUGCAUAAACUCACAGACACACAAUGAUAUCCAUUCCAAGUUGAAUGUUACAAUCAGAAAUGAUUACCGGCUCCGGUGUACCACAGCAGGGGUACUGUUGCAAAACAUGUUGCUUAGCGACAGAGUAACACAAGCCAUCUUUGUGUGUCUGUGUGUGUGUGUGAGUCGCGGUGAGCUGCCAUCAGUAUUUUUGAGGAAUAUGAAGGCAGGAGAAAGAACAUGGAACUCGAGUCGUUUCAGAAAAGAGAACAUGACAUUUUGGCCAAUAAGUCACCCAGUCGUGUUUCCGCAUCUCCAGACUGACCACUGGAGCAAAAUGAAAACAAUGGUUCCAGUUUAUCUUGCAUCAGUUCCAGCUGCCUUGUUGAAGGACAGAGUGUAUCAAUCACAUGAAGGUGCUCCAAACCGGCUGCUACCUCCUCUGACUCCGGAUAAAACUUUGAUUAAUGAUCCUGUUCCCUCCAUGGUGGUGCCAGCAUACAAUUUGCAUCAUAACAAACCAAAAACCUUACCUCAAGACAUGCCGCGGCUCAGGAAUGAGUUCAAUGACCGUGCCAGGAGGGGCUUCUGCUACUGGGUCCUUGAAAAGAAGGGCUCAGCAUAAAUCUCAGACAUGGACAGCCGCAGGAAGAAGUUGAAGUUCAAGCGGCUUCAGACUACCAUCACCUCACCCACACAGCUUCAGGAUAGUGAUGAUAGCCCAGGAACACCAUCUUCCUGGAAUAUGUCUCCGAAUGAAGAUUCAUAUAACCUCGGCAGCUCUCCAGGACCUGAUGGCCUUGGGGCAAUGAGUCUGAACACUCCCAAGAGAAAGGCCAAAGAGCUUGGUGAAAGCAUGCCCUCUUUAGGCAAGCUUAAGCUGAGGAAGCUGUCCAGGAAAAAUUAUGAAGAAAUCAUAACCUCAGAGGAGAAACCCAUAGAAAACUCAUCCAGGCAGCUAGGAUUCUCAGAGAGCGAGCAAGUAUUGUCAACUUCACUUCACUCUUUCCUUGUGAAAAAAAGAGAGAGGACACCAGAGGAAGGAUCGGAAGCUAUCUACAGCAGGGCACUAAUAGCAGCCAUUGGCAGCUCAAAUGAAAGGGGCAGAACUACAAAUACCCCUGUGACCUCACCACUGAAGACUCAAGUGCUCAGUCCUGCAUCGCUUGACAGGAACCCCACACAUUGUUCCCCAAUUAAACCGGUGUAUGAAUCUGAGGACAACGGUAGUAUUCAGGAAGAAUCAUGGGAGCCCAACGUUCAAUCGUCUGAGGACUCUGAACCCCAAGGUGGUGGAUCAGAGUUAUUAACAGACAAAAGAACUGUGGUGCUAAAAGAUGAAGAUUCACAGAAGAGGUUUUUCGAUCCUCCCUAUGUGUUGGUAGAAACAACCUCUCAGGACAAGUUAUUUGCUGCAGAAAAUGGACCGGAAGACAAAUGCUGUGACGCUCCCCUUGAUGUUGAGGAGUAUACCCCAGAUUCUAGGUGUUAUUUCUCACCUCAUCAGUAUGCUUCUCCUGAUACCCAUCAAUGGGAAAGCCCUCCAUUGAAUACCCAGGGAGCUACAACUUCCUCUUUCACCUUUUCAUCCCCUAAUGAAACAUCUUGGGCCGCUGUGGAGAGGCCUUUCUCACCAUCACAGAGGACAGUUGUUGUCCCCUUUAGGGCCAACCAAACAAACACAGUCCCUUCAAAGGCAUCCAAAGUUUGGACUGAGAGUUUCCACUCUUCCGACGCUGUGUCCCAUGUAUCGGAUCCGUAUGCUCUGCCACUCCAGUCCAGAAGAGGACUGUGGAACUCCACAGCCACACACAGGAAGUCAGAUUCAAGCUUCUUCAUGCGUCACACCUUGACACAUUGUGACCGUCCGAAAAGAAGACUAUCCAUGGGAGCUGCACCUUUUGGGACCAACUACCCGGGCAGUCAGGUUGGGUUCAUAGACACACACUGUCACAUAGACAUGCUCUAUGGAAAGCUUGGUUUCCGCGGGACGUUCAGCAGCUUUCGAAGGCACUACCGAAGCAGCUUUCCUCCUGAGUAUAGAGGCUGUAUCACCAACUUCUGCAACCCAAGGGCCACGGCGAAGGAGGCCCUGUGGGAAGGUCUGCUGGCUGAAGACAUGGUAUGGGGGGCCUUUGGGUGCCACCCCCACUUUGCCAAAUUCUACUCAAGUGUCCAUGAACGCAGUAUGCUGAUGGCCAUGCGGCAUCCAAAAGUUGUGGCGUUUGGUGAGAUCGGCCUGGACUACUCCCACAAAAACUCCACUGAAACCCCCAAACAGAAAGAGGUGUUUGAGCGCCAGCUGCGUUUGGCUGUGGCCAUGAAGAAGCCUCUGGUGAUCCAUUGCAGGGACGCUGAUGAGGACCUGCUGGAAAUCAUGAAGAAGUGCGUUCCCAGGGAGCACAAGAUACACCGGCACUGUUUCACAAACAGUUAUCCGGUCAUUGAGCCCUUCCUGACGGAGUUCCCCAACCUGUAUGUUGGUUUUACGGCACUGAUCACCUACUACAAGGCUGCCGAGGCCCGAGAUGCUGUCCGCCAGAUCCCUCUGAACCGCAUCGUGUUGGAGACAGACGCACCGUAUUUCCUCCCAAGACAGGUUAAGAAAGAUGUCUGCCAGUUCGCUCAUCCUGGGAUGGGCAUCUACACGCUGCAGGAGCUCAGCCUGCUGAAGGGGGAGGACAUGGACACUGUCCUCAGCACCAUCCGGAACAACACCGUGCAGCUCUACGGCAUAUAAUCUAAAGAUGGUGGUGGAUACAAACUAGCAAGAAAGAGGAGACAGAAGCAACAUUUCUUGAGCUGGUUUGUGACGAACAUUUUAUGUAGCUUUUUUGUUUUAGAUGUACCAGUCCUCCGUGUAGAGAUGUGGAUGAUCAGUCUCGUUUUAAUCAAUCUGAAAAACUCUAUAGAAAUGUAACACAAAAAAAAUGAACACUUCUCUGACGGAGAUGCUGUAUAUCAUUGAUUAUCUGAUUUAAAUUGUAUUCCAUUGUUUAUCAGAGAAAUUCAUUCCUAAGCGUUUUUUUAGGUUUGUUGUCUUUGCUGUUUUGAAUCCCCUGUUUGUUCACAUUUGUUUGGAUAUUUGUCUUGUGUGCU